CCUGCGCUGAGGAUAUCGGAGAAACUCGCAGUCAUUCGCGCUGCAUUCAGCCUUUCUAUCAUCCGACUGACCGCUGCGUGACGGACGCACGCCAUUCAAAUCAACAUCACCGAGGCUCGCGCGGUGGUUAUUGAUUACUGGUGCGGCGCCGCGUUUAAUGGAUUAAAAUGUGAAUCUAUGAGUUACUUUGCAGCAAAGGCUGAUAUCUGACUGACAUCAUUCACCAGGCAGCUCUGGAACAGGAUUUUAAAGAUGGACUUCUGGGUUUUGCCAGUAUGUCGGAUCAGCUUGAUGUUGACACUGAUGUCAUCCACUGGUUGGGGAGUAGCGAGCCAGACGCAGAGUGCUUACUUCCUCCCUGAAUUUGCACUUUCUCCACAAGGAAGCUUUCUGGAAGACACAACAGGAGAGCAGUAUCUCACCUACCGCUAUGAUGACCAGUCCUCAAGAACGACCCGCUCGGAUGAGGAGAGGGACACCGGUUGGGACGCCUGGGGCGCAUGGAGUGACUGUUCUCGCACCUGUGGAGGCGGAGCCUCGUAUUCUCUACGCAGGUGUCUCAACGGAGGGAACUGUGAGGGCAGGAACAUCCGCUACAGAACAUGCAGCAAUACAGACUGUCCUCCAGAGUCAGGUGACUUCAGGGCUCAACAAUGCUCCGCCCACAAUGACAUCAAGUACCAAGGACAAACCUACGAGUGGAUACCUGUGACGUACGACCCUAUUUCACCCUGUGCCCUCCGAUGUCAAGCCCGGGGGAAAAGCCUGGUGGUGGAACUGGCGCCCAAAGUGUUGGAUGGCACUCGGUGCAAAGCGGAUUCUCUGGAUAUAUGCAUCAGUGGAAUUUGUCAGGAAGUUGGCUGUGACAGACAACUGGGAAGCAAUGCUAAAGAGGACAACUGUGGCGUUUGUGCUGGAGAUGGUUCCACUUGUCGACUGGUCCGAGGCCAGGCUCUGCCUCACGUGUCACCUGAAGAACCCAUAAAAACGGUGAUCGAAGUGCCGAUGGGUAGCAGAGGCCUCAGAAUCACAGCCAAGGGACCAGACAUGAUUGUGAUUGAAGCUCAUGCACCAAACAGCAGGAGAGAAGAGGUGGUGUUCAGCUCUUCAGGUUCUCACGCUCUGGGUAACAACACGGUGGAGUUCCAGAGAGGAGCAGACAGACAGACCCUCCGCUGCUACGGACCGCUGUCUGCAGACUUCACUAUAAAGGUGAAGUACGCCGGCCCUAAAGACACAGUGAUGCAGUUCAUGUUUUACCAGCCCAUCCGCUACCAGUGGAGGGAAACUGACUUCUUCCCCUGCUCCGUCACCUGUGGAGGGGGUUAUCAGCUGAAUUCGGCUGAUUGCAUAGACAUUCGUUACAACAAAUCGGUUGCGGAGCACCUUUGCCACAGCUUCCCAGAGAACACCAAACCCACACCCAAACUCAAGGAGUGCAACAUGGAUCCCUGCCUCGAAAGUGAUGGCUUCAAGGAAGUGAUGCCCUACGACCAGUACCAGCCUCUACCACGGUGGGAGCAGAACCCGUGGACGUCUUGUUCGGUGUCGUGUGGAGGAGGCUCUCAGGAGAGAAGCGUGGUGUGUGUCGAGGAGGACGUCCACGGGCAGAUCGUGCAGGUGGAGGACUGGAAGUGCGCACACUCCCCUCGACCAAUCAGCAAACAGAGCUGCAACACCUUUGAGUGUCCGCAGUGGAUGGCCAUGGAAUGGUCUCAGUGCACGGUCACCUGCGGCCCAGGUUUACGGUACAGAGUGGUGCUGUGUGUGGAUCACAGUGGACAACAUACUGGCGGCUGCAGUCCUCACCUCAAACCCCAUAUCAAAGAGGACUGCCUGGUCCCCGUCGCCUGCCACAAACCACGAGAGAGCCAACCUGUUGAAGCCAAGCUGCCCUGGUUGAAACAGGCUCAAGAGCUGGAAGAAACCAAAGUAGCCUUGGAAGAUCCAACGUUCAUCCUGGGUCCGUGGUCAUCCUGCAGUGUGUCUUGUGGUCUGGGCGUUCAAAGGCGUCAGGUGAAAUGUAAGGUGCUGCUGUCUUUCACUCAAGCUGAAGUCGAACUACCUGAUGAAGAGUGUGACGAGGACAAGCCUCCCUUACAAAGGACCUGUGAUUCAGGUCCCUGUUUAGCAUCUCCAGACUCAUCCUGGAGGCUCCUGAGGGCCCAUGACAUUCCUGAUCAGCACGGCUAUGUUUGGGAAAACAUGGGCUUCACUCCCUGCUCUGCUUCAUGUGCUGUUGGCAAACAGAUGGCUGUUGUCAGGUGUGUGAGCACCUUGAAAAAGGAAAUUGUUGAUGACACACUCUGCAACGGCUCCAAAGCGCCGCUUUCCUCGCUUCGCAUCUGUAACCCUCAGCCAUGCCCUCCGAGAUGGGAGGUGAGCGUGUGGAACCCGUGUUCUGUGUCGUGUGGUGUGGGGCUGCAGACACGCAGUGUGUCCUGCGUGAGGUCUGUGGUGGGAAACCGCACUGAAUCUGUGUCCAGCAUAGAGUGUGUGGAGAGAAGACCUCCAGAACUGCAGGCCUGCAACCAGGUGGCCUGUCCACCGGCCUGGGAGGCCGAGGAGUGGCAGCAGUGCUCUCAUUCGUGUGGCAGAGGCACUCAGUGGCGUAAGGUUUACUGUAAACAGAGACUGGCUUCUGGAAGCUACCGCAGGCUGAGCGACGAGGAGUGCGCUGGAACCAAACCUGACGUCCACAGGAUUUGCAUCAACCCUGACUGUCUGCUGCCGCGUCUGGAAGGAGGAGAGUGGUCAAAGUGUUCUGUGACGUGUGGAAAAGGCAUUCAGCGGCGGGAACCCGUGUGUAGGAGACAGACGGCCUCCGGUCAGCUGGUCACUCUGGACAGGUCAGCCUGCAGUGACCUUCCUCUUCCUCCUCUGAUCAGGAGCUGCCGUAUGAGCCCAUGCAACAAGCACAAGCACUCCAAAAAACAUUGCCCUCAGGUCAUGGGCCUGAAACGCAUCUACAUCCAGACCAGACAAGAAAAACGCCUCAGUUUUACCAUCGGAGGACGAGCCUACCUUCUUCCCAAGACCUCCGUCGUUAUCAAGUGUCCCGUUUGGCAUUUCCCUAAAGCUCAGAUCCGCUGGGAGAAGGAUGGGAGUGAACUGACCAGCUCCAAACGUCUGAGCAUCACCAGAUCUGGCGCUUUGAGGAUCUAUAACCUGGAGGCUGCAGAUAUCGGACUGUACCGCUGCUGGGCCAACCAAGUUUCGGACAUCUUCAUCCUGAAACUGAUCGGAUACAAUAGUAGGCUCCUGGAACAUCCUGAAGGAAAGAGUUUGGGAAGUAGGAGCUUUCAUCCAUACCUCAAUAAAGAAGGAGGUUACGUUGGUUCAAAGUGCCAUGAGGCGUUUCCACCUGGAAAGAAGGCUCCAAAAUCUCCCCCAAGCUGGAUGCAAAAAAACGAGUUCUACCGAGACGACGAUGGCCAGCCUAAGGAACUCUGGGAUACCCUUGCUUUAGGAAACUACGCUUUGGCCGCCAGGAGCCACGCGGGAGCCUUUGUCCUUGAUCCUGCACAGUUCGAGGAGCUCGUGAAGAACAUCAGUCAGCUGGCCGAGAGCGGAAAUGUGACGGAUGAAAUGGCGUUGCACCUGAUUGGGAAACUUAUGGAGGAUUUGGCUGCCGCGGGGCAAGGGGCACAAACUGAGGAAAGCACUACGAUGGGCAAUCAUUUAGAUAAGACGCCAAACACUUCUGAACGUUCUGAGGGAAAGACGCCGAAAAAAGGCAGUCGAGCGGUUAUCGUUCGACAAAAGCAUCACAGAUCUGCCAUGAGCUUCCAGAGGGAUCUCCGGAUCCAUGUGGGCAGGACCGCUUACAUAACCAAUGCUACCCACAGCCUCACGCUGAUGUGUCCCACUCAGGGAUUGCCAUCUCCAAACCUCUCCUGGAGCAAAGAUGGAGCUCCGCUUCAGAACAGCGACAGAAAACAAGACUCCCUGUGUACCUCUGAGUCCAGCCGUGACUGAUCUUGAUUGAGCAACCGCAUAUUCCAAAAGCCUGUUAAUC